GGCGGGAAAAAGGGGAGUCGUGUUAAUCCGAUACAUUGUACGCUGCUGGAUUCCGGAGAGCGUCGCGUGAUUUCCGUUGAGCGUUAACGGGAACUGUGAGACCGACAAUGCUGCCGCUGAGGUGCUCGGUAGCCCUGAGGGAGCUGCUCAUGCUCAAGCCUGGACGGACGAGUCCGUUAUGGUGCGGCUUCGCCCCGGACCGGACGUCUAGAACCGCACCAGUGGCGGGGACUGAGGCGCGCGCUCCCGCCGAAGGAUGCCGCCGCUAUCUGUGCACGAGCGCCGGUCAAACGAAGGACGCAGGCAAAGAUGGAUCCAACGAAAAAAGAAGGAAGGCAGGAAUCCUGCCCAGUCUGGAAGACCUGCUUUUCUACACCAUUGCCGAGGGCCAAGACAAAAUCCCAGCACACAAGUUUACUACGGCGUUGAAAUCGACUGGUCUACGUACAGGAGACCCCCGUCUGAAGGAGUGUAUGGAGAUGCUGAAGAUCACACUGAAGACCUCGUCUGAUGGAGCUCUGGAUCGACACCUGUUCAAAAAAUGUGUCCAGAGCAACAUUGUGUUGCUCACUCAGGCGUUCAGGAAGAAGUUUGUGAUUCCCGAUUUCCAGUCGUUCACGUCGCACAUCGACGAGCUCUACGAGAGCGCCAAGAAGCUCUCAGGAGGACAGGUGGCAGACUACAUCCCCCAGCUGGCUAAGUUCAGUAGUGAUUUCUGGGCCGUGUCUCUCUGUACCGUUGAUGGCCAGAGACACACAGUGGGUGAUACCAAAGUGCCGUUCUGCCUGCAGUCCUGCGUGAAGCCGCUGAAGUACGCCAUCGCCGUACACGAUUACAGCACCGAGUACGUGCACCGCUUCAUCGGGAAGGAGCCCAGCGGUCUGCGCUUCAACAAGCUGUUCCUCGACGAGGAUGAUAAGCCACACAAUCCCAUGGUGAACGCCGGAGCGAUAGUCUGCACCUCGCUCAUCAAGCAAGGCGUCAGCAACGCUGAGAAGUUUGACUACGUGAUGAACUUCCUGAAAAAGAUGGCAGGAAACGAGUACGUGGGCUUCAGCAAUGCGACGUUUCAGUCUGAGAGAAUGUCAGGAGACCGAAACUUCGCCAUCGGAUACUACCUGAAAGAAAAAAAGUGUUUCCCAGAGGGCACGGAUAUGACCUCUAUCCUGGACUUCUACUUCCAGUUGUGCUCCAUCGAGGUGACCUGUGAAAGCGCUAGCGUGAUGGCGGCUACGUUGGCCAACGGAGGAUUCUGUCCAAUCACAGGUGAGCGUGUGCUGAACCCUGAGGCUGUGAGGAACACGCUGAGUCUCAUGCACUCCUGCGGCAUGUACGACUUCUCCGGCCAGUUCGCCUUCCACGUGGGUUUACCAUCAAAGUCUGGGGUGUCUGGUGGGAUUUUGUUGGUGGUUCCUAAUGUGAUGGGUAUCAUGUGCUGGUCUCCUCCUCUGGAUAAACUGGGGAACAGCGUCCGCGGCAUCAAGUUCUGCACGGAUCUGGUGCAGCUGUGUAACUUCCACAACUAUGACAAUCUGCGUCACUUCGCUAAGAAGCUGGAUCCCCGGCGAGAGGGCGGAGACGAGCGGGUGAAAUCUGUUAUUAACCUGCUGUUUGCUGCCUACACAGGAGACGUCUCUGCACUGAGGAGGUUCGCACUGUCCUCGAUGGACAUGGAGCAGAGAGAUUAUGACUCCAGGACAGCGCUCCACGUGGCUGCAGCUGAAGGUCACGGCGAGGUCGUGCGCUUCCUUCUCGAGGCGUGUAAGGUGAACCCCGAACCCAGGGACAGGUGGGGGAACACACCCAUGGAUGAGGCCGUACACUUCGGCCAUCACGACGUGGUGACCAUUCUGCAGGAUUACCACAAGAAGUACAGUCCUCAGGAGAGCUGCACUGUAGGGGACAAGGAGACGGCAGAGAAGAACCUGGACGGCAUGCUCUGAGCACCAGCGUGUGUGUGCGCGUGAGAUGUUCCUGGUGAUUAUUUCAGCAGACUCAGUGUAGGCCUGGUGAUCACAUAUUUUGUGCAGAAGUGCGUAUUUAUAAUGAAUCGUGUGUGUGUGUGUGUGUGUGUGUGUACUCAGAAGCUGAUGCUUCACAGGGUUGCCAGCUUGAUUAAAUUCAGAAACUCAGUUAAAUCAGGAAACUACAAAAAAUAUUUCAGAAAAGGAGGAUUGAAAUCCCGUUCAAUCUGGCAACCCCUGGGGAAGCAUCAGCUUGCGCCUUGCCACGCCGUUUUGCCCUUUACAGUUUUGCCCUUUACACUCUCCAAAUGUGUUGUAUAUCCUGUAUAAGUGUAGUGAUAGAUUUUGUGGGAGAUUUAGUGUCUUGGGGUCGUUUAUUUAGUUUUAUUUGAGAUCGUUUUAAUAAGUGAAACGUAAUGACGAUCAGGUUUGGGCUCACAGACGAGCGUCUACGCAGAACACAUGGUUUUAAAGGUUUUUAAGGGUCUGUGGUGUCAGUGUGCAGCACUAACGCUGUACAAUUAAAUCAUUUUAAAACUAAUCUGAACUACAAAUGAAUUACCUACGAAUAUUAAAUAAUCAUUGUGAUGUCACAAUGUUAAACCGUCA